AUGGCUGCUAUCUACGUCGAAGCUGAGAUCGUCUCCUCUUGCUUGGGAAAAGAAGUCAUUGGAGAUUCGAACCUAGUGGUGUCCCAAGCAAAAGGAGACUGGAAGGUUGAAGAAGACAUGCUAAAACUGUACCACUCUGUGCUAGAAGCUCUAAUUCCACAAUUCGACUCUGUUAUUUUCACACACACUCCACGAGUGAGCAAUAAGUUCGCAGAUACACUAGCAACAUUGGCCUCUAUGGUCGAGAUACCCCUGGGGUUCACAUUGUGGCUGCUAAUGAUCGAGCAGAAGGUCAAGCCAGCAUGUGAAUGCACUUUCACAGAGGAAGGUGAGGAUGAUGGAAAACCAUGGUAUGAGGACGUGAAGAAAUUCUUGGAAGAAGGAGAGUAUUCCUCCGAAGCUACCUCAAAGGAUAAAAUGGCUUUACAAAAGUUCGCCGCCUAA